CCGCUAAUUUCUGGAAGUAAAAGGAGGUGGUAGGCUAUCCACCCCUCUUUCUCACUUCUCUUUCUGCUUCUUGUCGAGUGCAUUUCUCUCCUACCACACGCCCCAGAAUCAACGCUACUACUAUGCUUGCAGAUCUUUAAACAAAACCCUAAUGAUAUGCUACAAUGGUGUUUAAGGGUAGAUUCUUCCAUUCAAAGAAAUCAUCCGAUAUAUCAAGCCCCGAGGGAUCCAACAGCCCUCGAUCAAUAGGGUCUAAUUCCAGUUCACCCAUCAAAUCCGACAAAAAGAAAGCUAAGUCCGCUAGCAAAGACGAACCUCAAACGCCGAUCAGCGCUUCAUUGCGUCAAAAUCAAGUCAAAGAUGGUUCCAAUUCCAGUUCCACUUCGAAUUCAAAGCAUCAGAGUCGGAGUAAGAAAGAUGGUCUUCAAGGAGUUGAAUCGAAGGUUCAGAAUACGACUCCUAUUACAGAAAAACCGAGUUUGGGAUCAGGGUCAUCGAAGUUGACGAAGAAAGGGGCGGCGGAAGGUCCUGCUACAGUUUCCCCAAUUCUGGCUUCUUCACUUGGGCUAAAUCGGAUCAAGACGAGAUCUGGGCCUUUGCCACAAGAGAGCUUUUUUGGGUUUGGUAGAGAUGGUAAUAGUAAUGAUAACAAAAACAAAGUUAAUAGUAAAAUGUCUUCACUUGGUUCUAGUAAUCUUUCAAAAUCAAAGAACAAUGAUGGUGGUAAUUUCGAGGAUGGAUUUGGUACUGAUAAGAAAAAGAUGUCUAGUUCUAUGGAGAACGACGAUGGUAGCAAUUCAGACCGCAUGUCCAUUGAAAGCCUACCUUCAAGGGAUCAUACUCCUAAUGUUUUAGGUCGUUCUCGAUUGCAAAAUGGGGAAUCUUCCUCUGAAGCUGGCCAUGUAAAUUUAAGGGGAUUCUCUGGAGGCUUGAGGACUUCAGAGCUUUGUACUCCAGAAAUGAAGACUUCCUAUGAUUCUGAAAACCCAAAAGAAUCUGAGUCACCCCGUUUUCAAGCCAUACUAAGGGUUACAAGUGCACCUAGAAAGCGAUAUCCAUCUGACAUCAAAAGUUUCUCCCAUGAACUAAACUCCAAAGGCGUACGCCCUUACCCUUAUUGGAAACCCCGUGGUUUAAACAACUUAGAUGAAGUUUUAGUAACAAUACGCGCGAAAUUCGAUAAAGCAAAAGAAGAAGUAGAUUCAGAUCUUCAUAUAUUUGCAGCAGAUCUUCUUCCCAUUCUUGAAAAGAACUCAGAAACUCAUCCAGAAUGGCAGGAAACUUUAGAGGACUUACUGGUUUUAGCUCAAAGAUGUGCCAUGACUACCCCUGGAGAGUUUUUGCUACAAUGUGAGGGAAUUGUUCAGGAAUUAGAUGACAGGCGUCAAGAACUUCCAAUGGGAAUCUUGAAAAAGCUUCAUACUCGUAUGCUUUUCAUUCUCACAAGAUGUACAAGAUUGCUACAGUUUCAUAAAGAAAGUGGAUUAGCUGAAGAUGAACUUGUUCUUCAGCUUCGAAAAUCUCUUCAUUCUGCAGAUAAAAACAUCCCCACAACUAUAAAAAAAGAUGACAUUUCAAUUCCAAGAACAUCAAAAACAUCAAAAACAAGACAAUAUUACAGUCAGGAACAACGUGGGCUACAUAACAUGGAUUGGAAAAAAGAACAAGCUCCACCUCCUGUAGAAAUAGUUAAAGGUUUAGACUCUCCAACAAGCAGAAACCGUAUGUCAUCAUGGAAGAAACUGCCAUCUCCCGGAGGAAAAGCUCUGGUGACUGAAGUUGCUCCGGUGAAAGAAGCUGCUCUUGCUCCGGUGAAAGAUCUUCAGAUACAACCUGCAACCACUACUUAUAAGCAUCAACAUAAAGCUUCAUGGGGGUGGGGUGAACAAUCGAAUAUAUUUGAUGAAAGUUCUAUAAUUUGUAGGAUUUGUGAGGAAGAAGUUCCUACUUUACAAUUAGAAGAUCAUUCUAGAAUCUGUGCGAUUGCGGAUCGAUGUGAUCAAAAAGGUCUUCGUGUUGAUGAAAGGUUAGUAAGAAUUUCUGAAACUCUUGAGAAGCUAAUGGAGUCGCUUUCUGAAGGUGCAAAAGUAUCAAAUUCUGAAGAAUCUGAGCUUGUGUCUCCAAAUGAUUGGUCUAGAAGAGGUUCAGAAGACAUGAUUGAUUGUUUUCCAGAAGGUGAUAAUUCGGUUUUAAUGGAUGACAUGAAAGGGAUGCAUUCUAUAGUACCAUAUAGAACACGUUUAGGGCCUAUAUCUGAUCAAAUGGCCACAUCAUCUGCUGGGAGCAUUACUCCUAGGUCACCAUUGUUGACACCUAGGACUAGCCAGAUAGACUUGUUGUUAGCAGGAAAAGGUGCUUAUUCAGAAAAUGCUGAUCUUCCACAGAUGAAUGAGCUUGCUGAUAUUGCCAGAUGUGCUGGAAAUACACCCUUAGAUGAUUCCCGCUCUCUGCCAUAUUUGCUGACGUGUCUUGAAGAUUUAAAAGUUGUUACUGACAGAAGAAAGUUUGAUGCUUUAACAGUGGAAACAUUUGGAGCAAGAAUAGAGAAGCUUAUUAGGGAAAAGUAUUUGCAGUUGUUUGAGUUGGUUGAUGAUGAAAAAGUUGACAUCACAAGUACUGUAAUCGAUGAAGAUGCUCCAUUAGAAGAUGAUGUUGUACGCAGCCUUAGAACAAGCCCUAUACAUUCAAAAGAUCGGACCUCAAUCGAUGAUUUUGAGAUCAUAAAACCGAUUAGUCGUGGUGCAUUUGGGCGUGUUUUUUUAGCCAAAAAGAGAACAACAGGGGAUCUUUUUGCUAUCAAAGUUCUUAAAAAAGCAGACAUGAUUCGAAAAAAUGCUGUUGAAAGUAUAUUGGCUGAACGUGAUAUUUUGAUAUCAGUUCGCAACCCUUUUGUGGUUCGUUUUUUCUAUUCUUUCACAUGUCGUGAGAAUCUUUACCUUGUUAUGGAGUAUUUAAAUGGAGGUGAUUUGUAUUCAUUGUUGAGAAAUCUGGGAUGCUUAGAUGAAGAUGUUGCUCGUGUAUAUAUUGCAGAAGUGGUGCUUGCGUUGGAAUAUCUUCAUUCGUUACGUGUUGUUCAUCGUGACCUAAAACCAGAUAAUUUGUUGAUUGCACAUGAUGGGCAUAUAAAGUUGACUGAUUUUGGGCUCUCGAAAGUUGGUUUAAUUAAUAGUACAGACGACUUAUCUGGUCCAGCAGUUAGUGGGACAUCAUUAUUAGGAGAAGGAGAACAUGAAUCUCAAUCAUCUUUUUUAUCUGAAAGUGAAAGUCAACAAGAAAGGCGUAAAAAACGGUCUGCUGUGGGGACCCCUGACUAUUUAGCACCCGAGAUUCUUUUGGGAACUGGACAUGGUACAUCUGCGGAUUGGUGGUCAGUUGGUGUGAUACUUUUUGAACUAAUUGUUGGCAUUCCUCCUUUCAAUGCAGAACAUCCUCAGACGAUAUUUGAUAACAUUCUCAACCGUAAUAUACCUUGGCCAGUGGUACCUGAUGAAAUGAGCCCGGAUGCCCAGGAUCUAAUUGAUCAAUUAUUGACAGAAGAUCCAAACCAGAGACUUGGAGCUAAGGGAGCAACCGAGGUGAAACAGCAUCAGUUUUUCAGGGAUAUCAACUGGCAUACACUCGCACUACAAAAGGCUGCAUUUAUUCCUUCAUUUGAGAGUGCACUAGACACCAGUUAUUUCACAAGCCGAUACAUGUGGAACACCUCAGAGGAGCAUGGAUAUGUCGCCAGUGAAACAGAAAAUUCCAGUGACAAUGGCAGCAUCAGUGGUGGCAGUAGUUGCCUAAGUAAUCGCUAUGAUGAAAUUGUUGAUGAGUAUGGAGGUCCUGCAGAAGUUGGAUCACAAUCUUGUGUCAACUACUCUUUCAGUAAUUUCUCCUUUAAGAAUCUGUCUCAACUUGCUUCGAUCAAUUAUGAUUUGCUUACGAAAGGAUUGAAAGAUGAUCAGUCGACAAAACCAAACGAAUAGUCAACCUGGUCAACGCACCAGAAAGAAGUCAAAGGGCUAUGGUGGUUUCAUGUGAAGGAUGUAAAUAGAUGGAAGUGAAGUUUUUCAGCAUUGGGGGUGGAAUGGUGUGUGACAAGAAGGGCGAGUCUUUUGGGGUAAACUGGAAGCUAUUUAAUUAAAUUAAACACUGAGAGUUGGGAAAAAGAAAAGAAAAGACGCCAUGUCCUCUAAAUUUUGUGGUGUCUUGUUUGUAAAUAUUACUCUUUUUAAAGUGUUUUUAAAUGAAAUAUGAUUGUCUAGUAGUUUCAAAUGGA